AUGAUAUUCUUCAAAUUAGCGAUAAUCAUCAGUCUAUGGACAACAGUUGUCUUUGCGAAUUGUCCGAUCAGUGACAAUCCGAAAAAAAUAACUGAUUGUCUUCGUUAUCUCUCAUCGGGUCUCUAUGGUGCUGCGAUAAAUGAUGUGAAAAUCAUCUGUGAUGUUGCCGUUGAUGUAAUACGAUGUGCAAAAGAAGAAUUAGGUGAAUGUGUAGCUGCUGAGAUUGGUAGAGCAGCAUUGAAAGAAAUAUCAUCUUUAGCUGAAAACUGUUGUCCAACUACUAAUCAUACCAAAUGUCCUAUUCGAAAUGGAUUAUUUGCUGGACAACGUUGUUUUGCUUCGGACUCAUUCGUGACUUUAGCUGAUGGAAAACAAAAACAGAUCGGUGAAUUACAAUCAGGUGACUUAGUUUUGGCUUACAAUGAUCAAACGAAACAGGUUGUUUCGACUCCUGUCAUAACAAUAUUGCAUAAUCAACCAACGGAAUUCACUAUUUUCAAACAUUUGACGACCAUUUCUGACCAACAAUUAUCUCUCACCUCCAAUCAUCUUCUUCUCACCGAUAAGAAUGAGUACAUUAUGGCAAAGAAUAUUCAUGCUGGUACGAAUAUUGUUAUCAUGAACGACAAAGGCGUUCUUGUGAGCGAAACUGUUGUCAACGUGAUCGAUAUCGUUAAACAAGGAUAUAUAGCACCAUUAACACAAGAAGGUACGAUCAUCGUCAACAACAUUGCUGCUUCGUGUUAUGCAACAAUCAAUAAUCAUCGUAUUGCUCAUGUCGCGUUGGCACCUAUGCGAUGGUGGUAUAGUUGGUUUGGAAAAGAGCAACAUGCAAAUGAAAUCAUUGGUCUUCAUUGGUUUCCAAAGAUGCUCUACGAAAUAACAGCGUUUCUCAUGCCAUCGAUUCUCUAUCAAUAA